UCUGUCCCACUCCUGCCUCACGUUUCACCUCCUCCAUUCCUCCGCUCCAGGUCCUUACAGGUGCUGCAGCUUCUCUCUGAAACCAUGGCCAAGGACAUGACUCUGCUGUGGGGCUCCGGCUCUCCUCCCUGCUGGAGGCUGAUGAUCGCGCUGGAGGAGAAGAACCUGCAGGGCUAUAACAGCACAAUGCUCUCCUUCGAGAAAAUGGAGCACAAGUCAGAAGUGGUGAUGAAAAUGAACCCCAGGGGUCAGCUUCCUUCCUUCAAACAUGGGAGCAACCUUCUGAACGAGUCCUACGCCGCCUGCAUGUACCUGGAGAGCCAGUUCAAGUCCCAGGGAAACAAGCUGAUCCCUGACUGCCCCGCUGAGCAGGCCAUGAUGUACCAGCGCAUGUUUGAGGGUCUCACGCUCACCCAGAAAAUGGCGGAUGUUAUCUACUACACCUGGAAGGUCCCGGAGGAAGAGAGACACGACUCUGCUGUGAAGAGAAACAAAGACAAUCUGAGCACUGAGCUGAAGCUGUGGGAGGGAUAUCUGAAGAAGGCGUCCGGCUCGUUCCUGGCAGGAAAGAGCUUCUCCCUGGCUGAUGUGACUGUUUUCCCAGGAGUGGCUUAUCUCUUCCGUUUUGGGUUGACUGAAGAGCGUUACCCCAAACUGACGGCGUACUACAACUGUCUGAAGGAGCGGCCCAGCAUCAAAGCCAGCUGGCCCCCAACCUGGCUGGAGACUCCACAGGGUCAAGACACGCUGAAAGACGUCUGAGAUUCAAAACGUGCACCCUCUGCUCUCGUUGUGUAAUAUGUAACCAUCCCUCGAACUGCACUACUGUAGCUGUCAGGAAACAUGCAUUUGCUAUAACUGUGCUUGUUCAUUUUCUAUUAUCAUUUGUCUGUGACGUAAAAGACGCAUGUUUCAUCCUGCAAUAAAAACUGACUUUCA